AUGGACCCUCGGAGAGUCUCUCGCGGGGGCGUUGAGAAACCCGUUCGUUCCGAUCCAUCGAGCUUCACGCCUAAGCGGCCAGUUACACUCCCGUUAUCGAAGAAAGAGCCCGUCAUCGCACUUGGUGGUAUCGAUCUCCAGCUCUUGUUGCCGCACCCUCAACUAACGGAGAACCUAGAACAAAGGAGCCGAGCCGUACUUCGCGAUUCUACCACGUCUUCACCUCAGCUGGAAUCUUGGUCCACGCCACCUAUCCUGAGCAAACGACAAGCCUUUGGCUAUCGACCUCACGAACGGGAAUACUGGGCCCGGGCAAUGCCGUGGCUCCAACUCCCUGCUUCGACACCAUCCAUGCAGAGCUGCAGCAAUUUGCUAGACAAUAUUUUGACGACCGCUGAGGAGCGUUCAUUCCUACGUGGCAUGAUGCCCGAGACAGCGUUUCCGAGUGAGAAUCGUACCAUACAGCCAGAGACUGAGAGCGGAUCUGAAGCCUCAAAAUGUAUGCCGCAGUUCGUCGCUCCGUCGCAGGUGGAAUAUAACCCCCGCAUGAUUGGAGUUCCCGAUGUACCAGAAGAUGAAUUUCUGACCUUCUAA